GUUCAAACAACGGUGAGGAUUUGUAAAAAAGAACCGGAAUGAGUUUACGAACGGAUAAGAAGUUUGCCGACCUCGGACUCACUUACUGGAUAACGAGACAGGCGGAAAAAUUGGGACUACGACGACCUACUCCGAUUCAGGUGGAAUGCAUACCUCGUAUCCUGCAGGGCCAGGACUGUAUCGGUGCGGCAAAGACCGGUUCGGGUAAAACGUUCGCCUUUGCCCUGCCGAUCUUGCAAAAGCUGAGCGAAGAACCAACAGCAAACUUUGCGCUGGUGCUAACACCGACACACGAACUGGCCCAUCAGAUCGGCGAACAGUUCAUUGUGGCCGGUCAACCAAUGAAUGCGCGCGUUUGCGUUAUCACGGGCGGAACGGACCAGCUGGUCGAGAGCCAAAAACUUCAGAGCCGGCCGCAUAUUGUCGUAGCGAUGCCAGGCCGUCUGGCUGACCACCUGACCGGUUGCAAUACGUUCUCGUUCGCCGCGCUACAGUUCCUGGUGGUGGACGAAGCGGACCGUGUGCUGAGUGGUAGCUUCGACGACGAUCUUCGUGUGAUAGAUCAUUACCUACCGCGGCAACGGCAGAACCUCUUUUUUUCGGCAACGAUGAAAGAGUUCCUGAAAACUUCCUCCGUUUUUCCGAUUGCCGACGAAGCGUUCGAGUGGUCCGAACAAUCAGCCAUCGCCACGGUGGAGACGCUCGAUCAGCGGUACAUCCUGUGUGCCGACUACGACCGGGAUAUGGUGCUGACGGAGGCUCUGCGCAAGUUUAAGGAAGACAACGAAGAAGCGAGCGUUAUGAUCUUUACCAAUUCGAAAAAGGACUGCCAAGUGCUUUCGAUGACCCUGAAAUCGAUCGGCUACGAUAACGUGUGUCUGCAUGGAUUUUUGCGCCAAAAAGAACGGGUGGCCGCGCUGACGCAGUUCAAAUCGAAGCACGUUCGCAUACUGAUUGCGACAGAUGUGGCCAGCCGGGGGCUAGAUAUUCCCCACGUUCAGCUGGUGCUGAACCAUCGGUUGCCAAAGGUGCCGAACGAGUACAUCCACCGCGUGGGUCGCACGGCUCGUGCUGGACGUUCGGGACUCGCGGUGUCCAUCUUUCGGUUUCCACGAGAUUUGGAGUUUCUCGGUGAAAUUGAAGCCCUCAUCAACACGAAGCUAACGGAGCAUCCCAUCGAUCAACGACUGGUUGAGCGGAUAUUCAUGCAGGUGAGUGUGGCUCGUCGUGAGGCCGAGAUGAACCUGGACAACAAGGAUUUCGAUGAACGGCAGCAGAACUAUCGGCGGAAGCGCUGGAUGCAACAAGGACUCGAUCCGGACGAGAUGGAAGCAGAAUGGCGCGAAGAGAAGGAAACUAGAGCGGAGGCGCGCCGUGAACGGUUAAAGCAAGAGAAUGCUGAGCGUCGCCGGCGGGAGGAAGAAUUCAAGAACUCGGCACUGGUAGCGAAUGACAAACGGUUCCAAGCGGCCGUAACGGACAAGAAGUUCAAAAAAAAGAAGUUCAUCGCUUCCGACAAGUUGAAUGAGUUGGUUGUGCAACGAAAGUCGGUACCAGCAGCCGGGAAGAAAUUAAUCAAGAAAAAAGGCUCCAAAAGCAAACCGCAAUAGUGACAAUAAACAAAACAUUCACUGCACCCAACGGCUG